ACUGCGUCUCGUUCGAGCAUCGCCGAAUCUCAUUUAAUUUCUUUUUCUCACUCGUGACCUCAGAAUGGUCACUAUGGCGGAAGUCAGAGAGACAGUGCUUCAAAAAGGUCUGUCUGAAUGGUGGAACGAAGAGACGGAACAUGUGUUUCAAAGAAUCGAGAGAUGGGCGACUUCUGCGCGCGGUUACAACCGUCUGCAGCCACAGAAAUGGUCAAAAAAUCGACAGUCAACACGAGAUUCCCUGAACGAACCUACCGAGGAAACCAGCUACAUGCAGCGAUUCUACAAUCUCAAGCGAUCCAGACGGAAAUCACAAGCGGAGGAAGCCAAGAUUAAUUGCUGCGGGACUUUCAGUUACCAGUCGAACAAACAACUGGACAGCAACUGCUUGGAAACUUACCAAUAUGAUCACAGCAUCUACUUCAAGACUAUCGGUGAUAUUAGGAAGAACAAGAAGAGCAUCAGUGAUGAGAUCAAAGACAACAUAUCUAUCAGCAGCGAGGAAUUGGUUGAAUGGGACUCCAGCUCGCUUACAAAUCUAAUUAUUGAUCAAUUUAUUUCUCAGGAAUCUAACAAUAACAAUCAUCCGAACAAAUUAAGUGUUUCGGACAGUGUUGCUGAUCAGAAAGAUAAUAAAGGGGAGGAAAUUCCCUCGCCAAUUGUUGACCUAUCCAAGCUCGAUCUGAAUCUACCGGAAAAUCGAAACGAAGACAUUCGGGUGUCUCGUUCGAUUGAUAUGAACAAUUUCGAAAAUAAUGAAAAAGAGCAGGAGAAUAAUAACAUCGACAAUUCAGAAGUGGACAAAGGGAAUAACGAGAACGGUUCAAAAUGUCAGGAGAAGAUGAAAAGAUUUCGUUCGUUUCGAAAAACCAAGCGAUCGCCUAGGAACGUGCGACAAUCAUCAAUCGUUGGUGAAAACAACGUCGUCCGGCCGAGAAAACUACUUCUGAAUUACACCAAUAGUUUCGACAUCGCCGACCCGUGAGAGUAAAAUUAAAGUUUUUAAACAAGUUUAAAAAAUGA